ACCUUCUUCGCUCCUCCUCUGCUUUAGGACAGAAAAAUGCAAGAUUUCUGCCUCUUUGGCUGAACCGCAAAACCCAAAGAAACAAUCCUUUUCUUCCCCUACAAUGAGCCUUCAUCGCCCUCAAACCACUGUCAGUGGCUUCAACGGGCUUCAAGAAAUGAACUUCUUGCCCCCUCCCGAGAUCUCUCUGUCUCCUGGCACCGGCGGCCGCAGAGAAAAAGAAUCCACCGGAGGCUUGCUGAUGGGACUUGAAGCGGUGAACACUGCGGUGAAAUUUAGCGGCGUGCAGAGUCACACCAAGCUCUGCGCGAGGGGCCACUGGAGACCUGCUGAGGACGCCAAGCUCAAGGAGCUGGUCGCCCAGUUCGGCCCCCAGAACUGGAACUUGAUCGCAGAGCACCUCGAUGGAAGAUCAGGGAAGAGCUGCAGACUGAGGUGGUUCAACCAGCUCGACCCGAGAAUCAACAAGAAGGCGUUCACUGAGGAAGAAGAGGAGAAGCUGCUCGCGGCACACCGGCUGUACGGGAACAAAUGGGCCAUGAUCGCGAGGCUGUUUCCUGGGAGGACCGACAACGCCGUGAAGAACCACUGGCACGUGAUCGUGGCCCGGAAGCGGAGGGAGCAGCAGCAUUCCAGUGUUAGUUACCGGAGGAGACUGAGCAAGCCCGGCCACCUGGCUGUCAGCCCGAAAGCCGGGCAGGAUACUGCUCGCGCUUGCAGCGACUCGACUGUCACCAGCAAUGUGGAGGAACCGGGUGGUGGCUCGACGUCCACCGGCCUCUCACUCACCCCCUCUUCGGGAAAGGCCCCUCUUUUGACUCUGUCCUCGCCUAACGCAGGGUCGCCAGGAAGUAACGGGGCAAACUCAAAGGUGAUGGAAAAUGUGAGCUCCUACAAAUCCCCAGCUGGGCCAGUGGCGACCUCCGACUGCUCCAACUCGGAGGUCUCCGCAGCCGAAUCGGUGGCAAACAUCUCCAUGCCAGCUGAUCAGUAUAAGAUGAACGUUCCCUGCUUCAUCGAUUUUCUCCGCGUCGGAUCCAACUGCUGAACUAGUCGAGAUGGAGAAGCUGAGAACAUAGUUGGGUUGGGGUUGGGUUUCUCCAGGUUUUCGUGUACAGACUGUAGCUUUUGGUAGGAGAGAGGAUUUGAGUUGAGAGAUUGGGUCAAAGUGACUCUAGAGAAAGCAGUUAAUGGGGCAAUCUGUGAUAUGCAUAAAAGGCCAAAUUUUACCUUAUCAAACUCUUUUGACUUUGAACUUAAUGGGCUAAUUGAUGAUUAACCAUUGCUCUGUUCCCCCAA